AAACAACUUGCAGCACCAUAACCAUAGACAAACUCUUUUUCAUUCUUUCGCAUAGUCUUAUUCAUAAAUUCAUCUCUUUUUUUUUCUGAACAGCCAUCUGGAAUAUUCACAGAUCCAAAUAACAUUCCACCAAUGGCAAGAAGAAAUUUAAACCACGUGUGAUCAAUAUUUUCCUACUCUAACAUCUUUCUCAGUUGAAGUUAGUUAAGAAGAGUCCGACACUUGUACAUAUACGUUUAAACGUCAGUACUAGUGUUUUCCUUUUUAUAAUAUUUACAAGCAUUUAGUUUAUUUAUUUAUGUUUAAUAUUUCAUAAUAUUAUUAUUAUUUUAAGUAAAGAAGAUUUAAAUUCUCAAUAUGUUCGUGUAUUUUGAGCGUGUUUAUGAAAAUAUGUUGGCCUGAUAAAUGAAUGAGAAGAAUUCCUGCGUUAGAUAAAAAAAUCAGCAUAAGAUAACGCCAGUAAUUAAUUAAAAAAUGGCUAAAGCAUUUACAAUCGAUAUUAAAAAAAAUCUAAGUUUCAAUAAAAGAUGACAAUUGCUGAAUAUUUUCCAUUAAGUUUGAUAAAAUGGAUAAUAAAACAAAUAAAAAAGACCAAAUAAUAUUUAUUAAAAAAAUAUUUACUGCUGUAACUAAAGAGUUUUUGUGUCAAGGAAUUGAAAUAAAAAAUUUAAAGGAAGUAGUUAGAUUAAAAAAUGAUAAAACUUAUAAUAAAUUAACAAUUUUACAUCUUUCUAUUUAUAAAAAAUGUAUAUUAACUAUUCUAUUAUCGUUUAUAAUAUCAAUUUUUUUUUAUAACUUAAGUCUUAACUUUUCAAUUCAUUUCGUAUUCGAAAAACGUUGUUUUAUUCCAAAUAAUUACUUUGUGUGGGAAUUUACAAGACCAGUAUCAAAUUGUGAUUACUGUCGAGGUGUGAUUAACGCUUUAAUUAUGAAUAAUCUUACAAGGGAGGAAUUUGCGCCUUACGCCUAUUCAUCAAAACCAAUGAUUAUAAAAAAUGCCGCUCGAACAUGGAAGGCAUCAAAAAUGUUUAAUUUAAAUUUUUUUAACAAUUUAUAUGAAAGUAUUGACGGUGCUUAUGAAUCUAUUGAAGAUGAAUGCCAAUUCUUACACUUCAAAAGUAAUUUUUCAUUAUUGAAACAAGUUUUAACAAUGAGCAAACAACAAGCAUCUAAUUAUUUAAACAAAAAUCCUUGGUAUGUUGGAUGGAAAAAUUGCCAUCCACAAGUAUUAGACGUAAUGAAGAAAUAUUAUGACUCACCUCAUUUUUUGCCACUUGAUACAGAGAUACCGCAGACAAAUUAUAUUUUUAUUGGGUAUGACCAAGGAGCAAACAUGCAUUUGGAUUACAUUCCUCGACUGAUGUGGCAAGGACAACUCGCUGGAAAAAAAAUAUGGUCAGUUGCUCCAACUCCUGAAUGUGAUAGUGUCUGCAAACGUUUUAAUUUUUCGGUAGAUACAGGAGAUAUAGUAUUGCUUGAUACUAGAGUCUGGUAUCAUGCCACACUCAUCAAAGAUAAUACUUUAAGUCUUACUAUUACAUCAGAGUAUGGUUGACAAAAGAUAUUUUUCAAUUUAUUAACAAUUGAUUAAUUUUUUUAAUCGUUUUACAAAUAUACAUUCUUAUUUUUUACUUCAAUUCAGCUUUGUGAAUACUUACUUAGUCAAUACCAUUGUAAAAACUAAGUAAAAUGUCCAUAUUAAUUUUAUAUGAAAUAAAAAAUAUUACUAUAAUGGU